AUGGAUUAAGUUAAUGCUAUGCAAUAAUACAUAACUAAAUUGAAAACUGCACUGGCUGAAUAAUAAUAAAAAAAUAAAGAUUUAGAAUCUAAAUUAGAUUAAGAACAUAAAAUAGUAUAAACAUUGGAAGAAAAAUUAGAAUAUACUGAGAAAAAGUUAUCCAAUGAAAAAGAACAAGUUGAAAUUCUAGGAAUUAAAGUUGAUGAAUAUGAGAAAAAAUUAAAAAGCAUUUCUGAUACUAAGGUAUAAAAAUUAUUGUAUUUAAGAAACAAAGCUUUUUAGGGAAAGUGUUUAAUAAUUCCUAAUUAGAUUAAUUGACAAUUAAAAUUAAUUAAACAGAAUAAUCAUUAGAUCUAUAAAUUUAAGAGAAUGAAAAAUUACAUGCUUAAGUGUUCACACUUAAAACUCAAUUAGAAUUAUAACAGAAUUAAUUCGAUGAAGAACAAAAAUUAUCUUAAUAAAAAUUCUCGAAAUUAAGAUUAUAUUAUCAAUAAGAAAAAACUAAAAAAGAAGAUCUAGAAAAAUAAAUUUAAUAAUUAAAUAUAGUUCAAACUGGAUUGAGAUAUGAAAUUAAUCAAUUAAACAUAUAAAUUGAAUAAUUAAAAAAAGAAAUAGACAAUAAAUAACAAGAGUUCUUAAUUACUUAACAAUUACUUGAUAAAAAUUAAGAUGAUAUGAAAAAGUUGACUUAAGAUCUUAUUAAUUAAUAAUAGGAUAUGUAUAUAUUAUUUUAUUAAAUAUAGUCGAUAAUUAGAACAAGAGAAAGUUGAAUUUUAAAGUUUUGUUUAAGAAAUUAAAAAUUAUGUUACAGGAUUAUCUAUUGAUUAAUAAUAUUAAGAAUUAAUUAAUAGUUUAAAUGAAAUCAUAUCAAAAAUACAUAAAUAAACAUAUGCAAAGGAAUUAUUUCUGUAAGCUAAACCAGGAAAUUAUGAAAUCUUUAAAUUAGCUUAAGAAAAAAUACUUAAAUUAGGAAAAAAAGUAUAAAUUUUAUUAUAUAAUUAAGAAUGAACAAUUAAUUAAGUAAAAUAAAUAGUUAUAAGAUAAAUUAUAAGUAUAAAAGAGUAAAUAAGAAUGA